UGGUUCCAUCCCGGGGGCCAUACACAACUGAGAUCGCAGCCAGCCAGCCAGCAGGAGCCCCCGAGUCUUGGAGCCGCCGCCGCGAGAAGGAAGAAAGAGAAAUGCAGGGAUUCGUAAGGUUACGGCGCUCGGGCUGGAAGAUGUAAUCCGGAUGGUGCUGCUGCUGCUGCUCCUCUCGCUGUGAACCGGAGCGGGCUGCAUAGGCGGCUGCUGCUGCUGCUGCUGGUUGCCGACUUGCUCCGAAGCCGGUCGCCUUUGCCUGCCUGCCUGCCUGCCUGCCUCCCUUCUUUUUAUAUAGAUUCACACAACAAAAAUGCAGGGAUGUGUUGCGUGAGUUGAAGUUGCCGCUGCUCCUGUUACACCUUGAUCCUCUGCAAGCACCGUGUGUGUGUUUGUGUGUGUGCAUGUGUGUGUGUGCAUGAGAGAAAGAGGGGGAGGGAGGAAGGGAGAAAGCGAGAGGGCGGGACAAAUUUCUCAAUCUUGCAACAGCAGAUUUGAGGGCAAAAGGGACCUGGACGCGGUGGAUUCAUUGGGUUAGGGCUGGUGUCCUCUGCGAUUCCUUUUCUUUUGCAUGCAAGCGACUCCCCAGCCUCUUUUGCAAAGCGUGAUUUGGGCGUGAUUAUUCGCUGCCUGCCCCUGUUUCUCCCCUUCUCUCUGUGUGUCCCCCCCUGCUCUCCCCCACCCCCCAAUCUCCAUUGUGCGAGCCAAAGAUGAAACACAGGAGGGGAGAAAGUUAAAGAAAUCGCCCACAUGCGCUGCAUCAGUCCAAGCCUUUGGGAAAGGAAUCAAAAGAAGGUGGGAGACAAGAGUUUAAAGUCUUUGCAGGCGGGAAGAUGGCGGACUCAAGCUGAAAGUGUCGAUUGGCAAACUUGGGCGAUCUUUGUGUUUAUUUACAAUCCUCUUGACCCCGAUAGGACACAUGCAGGCCAAAAAACGCUACUUCAUCCUGCUCUCGGCUGGCACUUUCGUCGUCCUUCUGUUCUACUUCGGCGGCUUGCAGUUCAAAGCAUCCAGAAACCAAAGCAGGCGAGAGGCUCACAGUAGCAGGCAUGGCUUGCAGCACGCCAGCCCCGAGCACUACUGGCCCCGAUUCCCGGACGCUCUGCGCCCCUUCCUCCCUUGGGAUCGGCUGGAGAGCGAGGAUUACAAUGGGCACACUUCCCCCAGGCAGAAGCGCGACGCCAGCGCCAGCGUCUACAAAGGCAAGCGGUGCCGCAUGGAGUCCUGCUUCGACUUCGCCCUGUGCAAGAAGAACGGCUUCAAGGUCUACGUCUACCCGCAGCAGAAAGGGGAGAAAAUCGCCGAAAGUUACCAAAACAUCCUCGCGGCCAUCGAGGGCUCCCGGUUUUAUACUUCCGACCCCAGCCAAGCUUGCCUCUUCGUCCUUAGUUUGGACACCUUAGAUAGGGACCAGCUGUCUCCCCAGUACGUGCACAACCUGCGGUCCAAAGUGCAAAGCCUCCAUUUGUGGAACAAUGGUAGGAAUCAUUUAAUUUUUAAUUUAUAUUCCGGCACCUGGCCCGACUACACUGAGGACGUGGGCUUCGACAUUGGCCAGGCCAUGUUGGCCAAAGCCAGCAUCAGUACUGAAAACUUCAGGCCGAGGUUUGACGUUUCUAUCCCGCUCUUUUCUAAGGAUCACCCGAGGACAGGAGGGGAAAAGGGAUUCCUGAGGUUUAACACUAUUCCUCCUCUCAGGAAGUACAUGUUGGUAUUCAAGGGGAAAAGGUACCUGACUGGGAUAGGGUCAGACACCAGGAAUGCCUUAUAUCAUGUCCAUAAUGGGGAGGACGUUGUUCUCUUGACCACCUGCAAGCAUGGUAAAGACUGGCAAAAGCACAAGGAUUCACGGUGCGAUAGGGACAACGCCGAAUAUGAAAAGUAUGAUUAUCGCGAAAUGCUGCACAAUGCCACUUUCUGUCUCGUCCCCCGUGGCCGGAGGCUUGGAUCCUUCAGGUUCCUGGAGGCCCUGCAGGCUGCCUGCGUUCCUGUGAUGCUCAGCAACGGGUGGGAGUUGCCAUUCUCCGAAGUGAUUGAUUGGAAUCAAGCUGCCGUCAUAGGGGAUGAGAGAUUGUUAUUACAGAUCCCUUCUACAAUCAGGUCUAUCCAUCAGGAUAAAAUCCUAGCACUUAGACAGCAGACACAGUUCUUGUGGGAGGCUUAUUUUUCUUCGGUUGAGAAGAUUGUAUUGACUACACUAGAGAUUAUUCAAGACAGAAUAUUUAAGCACAUAUCACGCAACAGCUUAAUAUGGAAUAAACACCCUGGAGGAUUAUUUGUACUGCCACAGUAUUCAUCAUAUCUGGGAGAUUUUCCUUACUAUUAUGCUAACCUAGGUGUCAAGUCCCCGUCCAAAUUCACCGCUGUUAUCCAUGCAGUUACUCCUUUAGUUUCUCAGUCUCAACCUGUGCUGAAACUCCUAGUUGCUGUCGCCAAAUCCCAGUACUGUGCCCAGAUCAUUGUCUUAUGGAAUUGUGAUAAACCCCUUCCUGCCAAGCACCGCUGGCCUGCAACUGCCGUGCCUGUCAUUGUCAUCGAAGGAGAAAGCAAGGUUAUGAGCAGCCGUUUCCUGCCCUACGAGAACAUUGUCACAGAUGCUGUUCUAAGCCUCGACGAAGACACGGUGCUUUCAACCACUGAGGUGGAUUUUGCCUUCACUGUUUGGCAGAGCUUCCCAGAGAGAAUUGUGGGCUACCCGGCCCGUAGCCACUUUUGGGACAACACUAAGGAAAGGUGGGGCUACACAUCGAAAUGGACUAACGACUAUUCCAUGGUAUUGACUGGAGCUGCUAUUUACCACAAAUAUUAUCACUACCUGUACACUCAUUACCUGCCUGCCAGCCUGAAGAACAUGGUGGACCAACUGGCCAAUUGUGAAGACAUUUUGAUGAACUUUUUGGUGUCAGCGGUGACAAAAUUGCCUCCAAUCAAAGUUACACAGAAAAAACAGUAUAAGGAAACCAUGAUGGGACAAACUUCCAGGGCUUCUCGGUGGGCUGACCCAGACCACUUUGCUCAGAGGCAGAGCUGCAUGAACACUUUUGCCAGCUGGUUUGGCUACAUGCCUCUGAUCCAUUCUCAGAUGAGGCUCGAUCCUGUGCUCUUCAAAGACCAAGUCUCCAUCCUGAGGAAGAAAUAUCGAGACAUUGAACGACUUUGAGGAGCCCUGCUGAGGGAAGGGGGCGGGGGAGAGUGGGAACCGGACUGCUCACGUAGCCCGGCGCAGACCCACUGACUCUUGGAGCCAGACUGUACCACGAACAAACGAACCAACAAGCAAAACUCACAACAUGCCAAUGGCAUAGCCAACUAAGGCUGGCUCCAAAGGGAAACUCAUUGCGCUGGACUGCUUCAAAACCACCAUAAGGGGCUGCAGGUCGCUCAAGACUAGGUUGUGUACAGUUUCAUUAUGGAACAUUAAAUAAUUAUUUUUUGAAAUGAUUGCUAUGCAGGUUUAAACUUUUUUAAUGAUCAAAAAACCCUAUUAAAAACAGAGUUCUUUCUUUAAUCAGAA